GGCCGAGCGGCUUUCGUCUCUAUGACCCAGGAGGCGGUCCCCGGUGCCCUGCGCAGCGCGCGCGAAGGGGGUGAGCGUCAGUUCCGCGCGGUGCUGUCGGGGAACCAUGGCUGCCGUGAGAGAAAAUGUCCAUUUAUUAUUCAAGUUAUACUGCUUGGCAGUGAUGACCCUGGUGGCUGCAACUUAUACCAUAGCUUUAAGAUACACAAGGACAUCAGACAAAGAACUCUACUUUUCAACCACAGCCGUGUGUAUCACAGAAGUUAUAAAGUUAUUGCUAAGUGUGGGAAUUUUAGCUAAAGAAACUGGUAAUCUGGGUAGAUUCAAGGCAUCUUUAAGAGAAAAUGUCUUGGGGAGCCCCAAGGAACUGAUGAAGUUGAGCGUGCCUUCCUUAGUGUAUGCUGUGCAGAACAACAUGGCUUUCCUGGCUCUUAGCAAUCUGGAUGCAGCAGUAUACCAGGUGACGUACCAGUUGAAGAUUCCUUGUACUGCUCUAUGUACUGUUCUAAUGUUAAACAGGACGCUCAGCAGGUUACAGUGGAUUUCAGUUUUUAUGCUGUGUGGAGGAGUCGUCCUCGUACAGUGGAGACCAGCCCAGGCCACGGGAGUCGUGGUGGAACAGAAUCCAUUAUUAGGGUUUGGUGCUAUAGCUGUUGCUGUAUUGUGCUCAGGAUUUGCAGGAGUGUAUUUUGAAAAAGUUUUAAAGAGUUCAGACACUUCCCUUUGGGUGAGAAACAUUCAAAUGUAUCUAUCAGGGAUUGUUGUGACAUUAGUUGGCGUCUACUUGUCAGAUGGAGCUGAAAUUAAAGAAAAAGGAUUUUUCUAUGGUUACACAUAUUAUGUCUGGCUUGUCAUCUUUCUUGCUAGUGUUGGAGGCCUCUACACUUCUGUCGUGGUCAAGUACACAGACAACAUCAUGAAAGGCUUUUCUGCAGCAGCAGCCAUUGUCCUUUCUACCAUUGCUUCAGUGAUGCUGUUUGGAUUACAGAUAACACUCACCUUUGCUCUGGGUACUCUUCUUGUAUGUGUUUCUAUAUAUCUCUAUGGAUUACCCAGACAAGACACUACAUCCAUCCAACAAGGAGAACCAACUUCAAAAGAGAGAGUCGGUGGUGUGUGAUUUUAGCAUCAAA